UCGACCAAUCCUCCCCCUCUCCCUCUUCCUCUUCCGACAUCGUCUCUUCCUCUCACUGCCUCGGCAUCUUCUCCUGGCCUCGUCGUCCUUCUCCUCCUCCUCCGCUGCCGACCGAGGAGCGGCGUAGAUAAGAGCGGGACGGGUUCCGAGAUCGAUUGGCGAACGACGCCUUCAUUGAUUUAGCGAUUAGAAAUUGGCAAAAAAGAUGUGGUGUUUUGAUCGAGAAGUGAACAAUUGAAAAGGAAAAAGUCGGCAGCCUGAAGGCGCCGUGGUCGGGUUACGAGCUGCGGUGGGCAAUCGAUGGCGGAGGAAUAGUGAUUUGUGGGAUCUAUAUUUAGCACUGUGCAAGAACAAGAAGCAGCUUAGGAAAGUGGUGGAUUACUACUUUUCUAUGCUAGUUUAUCUCACUUGCAUUAGUGGAUGUUGAUGGCUGUUCCCUCUGUGGAACUACAUAGUGAAAGUGAGACUGAUAGGCAUCCUUUGCUGAUGGAUCGGGAAACUCCUUCUAAUGGACAUGAACACAUAGUCGAUAUACCACGAGGCAUUAAUGGAGAUGAGAACAAUUUGUUAGGUGAAUUGCAUAAUCUGGAUAGAAAUUCAACCAGCGCAACUGCUCAGAUCUCUCAAACUUCUCCAGUGUCACCGGAUGCUGCAAAUUCUGGAAAUGCUACUCUAACUGCGAGAAGUGAUAACUAUGGUCGGCGUAAUAGAAGCCCACUGAAUUCUGGAUUAUGGAUUUCGGUGGAACUUAUUGUUAAUGCGAGCCAAAUUAUAGCAGCUAUCAUUGUGCUCUCCUUGUCAAGAAAGGAGCAUCCACGAGCUCCAUUAUUUGAAUGGAUCAUUGGUUAUACCGUAGGCUGUUUUGCUAAUCUUCCUCAUCUAUAUUGGCGCUACAUUCGUCGCAACAGUUCUAUGCAAGAACCAGCUCGUUCAAAUCAAAGUACCAUUCACAACAAUCCUCCUGAAUCAAGUGGUUAUACAACUAGUCCUGUUACUCAGGCCUCAGAACAAGAAAAUGACAAUACCAUUGUUUCAGCAGCACAAGUCAGACAAAACAGAGCUAUUGCUAAUCCAAGGAUUAAUGCACUCGUCGAUCACUUCAAGAUGGCUUUGGAUUGCUUCUUUGCCGUGUGGUUUGUUGUUGGAAAUGUGUGGAUAUUUGGUGGGCAUGCCUCUUCUGAGGAUGCACCUAACUUGUACAGGUUAUGUAUAGUGUUCCUUACAUUCAGCUGUAUUGGAUAUGCCAUGCCUUUCAUUUUGUGUGCAAUUAUCUGCUGCUGCUUGCCAUGCAUUAUAUCCAUCCUCGGCUUUAGAGAAGAUAUGGGCCAUGACAGAGGUGCUACUUCUGAGCUAAUAAAUGCACUUCCAACCUACAAGUUUAAAUCUAAGCGGCGUUGUAUCAAGGACGAGUCUGGAAGUAACUCGGAUGGUCAGAGUGAUGGUGGGAUUUUGGCACCUGGCACUGACAAAGAGCGAAUUGUUUCUGCCGAAGAUGCUGUCUGUUGCAUAUGCCUGGCGAAAUAUGUGGACAAUGAGGAGCUUCGCGAACUUCCAUGCAGCCAUUUUUUCCACAUGGACUGUGUGGACAAAUGGCUUAAGAUAAAUGCGCUCUGCCCCCUCUGCAAAUCCGAGGUCGGAAACAACAACACAUCUUGAGGGACUUGCAGUUGACAUCUUGAUAAUGGCAGUAAAGAGUGGGAAGUGGUGUAGAAACAGUGUAAAGCAAUGUAGAUGCCUAUUCUUACUGGCAGAGAUGUACCAAUCUACAAUCUGGAAUUGAAAACUCUUCCGAGUCCGCCUGCAUCUGUAAAUUUAUGUAUGGAAGAGUCUGUAAUCGAUUAGGCUCUUGUCAUUCUUUUUAAUGGUUGCAUUGGGUGGUUCUUGCA